AACAUGGAAUUCAAUAAUCGAACAGAUACAACAGAAUUCCUACUCUUGGGCCUUUCAGAUGAUCCAGAAGUACAAGCCAUACUUUUUGGACUAUUCCUGUUUUUGUACCUGGUCACAUUCCUUGGGAACCUACUCAUUAUCCUGACCAUCAGUUCAGAUUCCCGCCUCCACACACCCAUGUACUUCUUGCUCUCCAACCUAUCCUUGGCUGACAUCUGUAUAAGCUCAAGCACUGUUCCAAAGAUGCUAUUGAAUAUCCAAACACGGGAUCAGAGGAUAUCGUACACAGGCUGCCUCACUCAGGCUUUCUUUGUUUUGAAUUUUGCUGGAUUAGAAAAUUGUUUGCUUUCAGCAAUGGCCUAUGAUCGCUAUGUGGCUAUUUGCCACCCUCUGAGAUAUACAGUUAUCAUGAAUUCACACUUCUGUACUCUACUAGUUCUACUUUCCCUGAUCAUUAGUGUUGUGAUUGCACUACUGCUCAGUCUGAUGGUCUUACAGCUGACUUUCUGCACAAACGUGGAAAUCCCUCACUUUUUUUGUGAACUUUCUCAGAUCAUAAAGCUUGCCUGCUCUGACACAUUUAUCGAUGAGAUUUUUAUUUAUAUUGCAACUCUCCUAUUUGGUGGUAUUCCUUUCUUUGGAAUUUUUCUGUCUUACACUAAAAUUGUUGCCUCUGUUUUCAAAAUCCCAUCUGGACAAGGACGGUAUAAAGCCUUUUCCACCUGUGGUUCUCACCUCUCAGUUGUUUCUCUGUUUUAUGGGACAGGGUUGGGAGUUUACUUUAGCUCUGCAGUUACUGAAUCUCCCAGGAAGACAGCAGUGGCUUCAGUAAUGUACUCAACAGUCACUCAGAUGCUAAACCCCUUUAUCUACAGCCUGAGAAACAGGGACAUUAAGGAAGCCUGGAGAAAACUCACCACAAUGAUGGCUUCUGCUUUGUGA